ACAACUACAACUACAACUACAACUACAAUACAAUUGCAGCUACAACCACAAAUACCCAACGCCACCGUCAUACGUUUAAUAAAUCGUUCGCCUGUCAGAAAAUACCCAACUCAAACCUAUACAUAAGAACGAGAAACCCGACGUUUAAAUUAGCGACAAUCUCCAAGUCAUAAGCAUUGUCUUUUUCUUCACCCCUCCUGCUGCCCAGCAUGUUUCGGGGAACAGCAGUCGGACCUUAUGACGAAGUGAUCGCUAAGGCGACCGAUGAGAAUCUCACAUCGGAGGAUUGGGGGGCCAUUAUAGAGGUCUGCGACAAAGUAGGGAGCGAUCCAAAUGGCCCCAACCAAGCAGUUCAGAGUUUAAUCAAACGUCUGGCGCAUCGCAACGCGAAUGUCCAGCUCUACACCCUCGAGCUCGCAAAUGCGCUCUCCCAGAACUGCGGCAAGAAUAUGCACCGAGAGCUUGCCAGCCGCGCCUUUACCGAUGCCUUACUUAAGCUUGCCAACGAUCGUAAUACCCACCAACAAGUCAAGGUGAAGAUCCUCGAAAGGAUGAAGGAGUGGUCCGAUAUGUUUAGCAAGGAUGCCGACCUCGGGAUUAUGUACGAUGCCUACUACCGCCUUAAGCAGAGUAAUCCGACAUUGCAGCCACCCUCAGCCCCGCAGAAGACCGGUCUUACCGAUUUAGAUCGUCAGAAGGAGGAGGAAGAGCUACAGAUAGCACUAAAGCUAUCGUUACAAGAAGAAGAGAGGAAAAAGGGCACGCAACCUACAUCUUCCGUCGCAGGACCUAGCUCUAGCGCAGGACCGAGUACAGCGGUUGCUCCGGUGGAAUCAGUGCCUUCCCAUCCCACAGGCACGACAGCUGCCACCGUAUCGCGAGUCCGCGCCCUCUACGAUUUUGCGCCAUCUGAGCCCGGCGAACUAGAGUUCAAGAAGGGAGAUAUUAUAGCAGUUUUGGAGUCCGUCUAUAAAGAUUGGUGGCGAGGCUCGUUAAAAGGCAGGACCGGUAUUUUCCCUUUGAACUACGUCGAAAAGCUUGCCGACCCGACCCCUGAUGAACUCCAUCGCGAGGCGCAAAUGGAGGCCGAGGUGUUUGCCGAAAUCAAGAACGUGGAGAAGCUUCUCACAUUGUUGAGUACCUCUAAUGCAUCGCCGAGGGAAGAGGACAAUGAGGAGAUAUCGAAACUAUAUCACCAAACACUCGCCAUUAGACCUAAACUAAUCAAGUUAAUUGAGAAGUAUUCUCAGAAGAAAGAAGACUUCACGCAACUCAAUGAAAAAUUCAUCAAGGCCAGAAGAGAUUACGAGUCACUUUUAGAAUCUUCAAUGUCCCACCCGCCCCAACCAAAUUACCACCAGUACGCACCGCGACCGCUCAUGCCACACGGGUACGGGGUUCCGGGAGGUCCGGGAGGUCCGGGAGGUCCGGGAGGUCCAGGAGGCCCAGGUCCUGGUUCGAGCUUCGCUCCUCAGGGACCGCCGCCUAGCCAGCAGGAGCCCCAACGAUUUUACACACCUGGUCCUCAAGGACCCCCUCCGCAAGAACAGAACCGAUAUCAGGCUACGUCGCCGCCUCCUAAUUUCCAGCGGCUAACGCCAGCACCUGCUCCCUUCUAUCUUCAAGGCGCAGAAGUGCCCGCUCAAGCAAACCAACAGCCACCUCAGCAAUAUCCGCCAAGAGAUCAGCCCUCGCGGAUAGCUGCAGGGAAACAGCCUGCUCCUUUGCAAACAUCUUCUCCGCCACCUCAAGCUUACCAGGCGUACUCUCAGCCUGCUCAAGCAGAACAGCGGCCUCAGAGUACUUACGGCAAUCCUCAAGAAUUAGCCACGUCGGCCUACGACUCCCCGAUUGCGGCCACCCAUAAUCCUAGUCGACCCGAUCCCUAUUCCGCAUCAGUCUACUCCCAGGAGGACCCUUAUGCCACAAGCCCAACAGCUACCGCACCUUCUGCACCUUCAGCUCCUGUUCCUUCAGCCCCGCCGGGGCCAAGUCAGGGAGUUCCAACCCCUCUAGCUAUCGCAUCUCACCCUUCAGCGCCUUCCCAACCGCAAUAUUCGGCAUAUAACCCUAAUGUCCAGCGCCAGGACUCGUAUGAUGCUCCCUCGCAAAUCCCCCCUCAACCGACCGGGUCUGCACCUCCGAUCCCACAGGGGGUCCAGCCACCGUCGAGCGUGAUGACACCUCAGCCUCUCCAACCGGGUGGCCUAGUAUUCGACGCCCGGCACUCGCUCCCAAGCCAGACUCCACUGGGCCAACCGCAACAGCCACAAUACAAAGCCUAUGUACCCCCGGGGAACGAGUCUAGUGCACCGCAAGACUUCUAUAGGCAAAACGCGGCGUACUAACUUUGAGCGGAAAUGAUAGUAGUAGUACACAUGGAUGGAAGCUCAGCAAGAUUUAAAUAUUGUGCUAAGAGCUUUGGUUUGGUCUUCUUGUCAUAAGGUGCAUUUCUGGGAGGUUUUAGUAACUAGUUGAGGUUGAUUCCCCUGUUCAUUCCAUAGUCUUCAUAAAUUCUACGGAAGUAUACUAUUAGAUAAUGGAUGUAAUAUCAGGAGUGAUUUUAUAUGUUACUUUUAUGGUAAUUGUGAUGGUAGCUGUGAAUGUAUUUCCAAUGAAGCGUAGCUUAGGAGAUAAAAGGAAGCUUGAGGGUUAGUUUAUUCUGCAUAUAGGAUUGUGUUGAGGACCCAAACCUACGUAAGGUGACCAAUGUAAUUUAUAUAACCAAUACCCUCGGUUUGGCUUGGGAAUGCUUGAAGUAAAAAUCGAACCACGCUAAUUUCCUGGUAUAUUACCAACAGU